UUAGUGGUAAUUGAAUAGUAUAACUGGAGUCAUUCCAUUCAGUGCAUCCGAUCGUAGACCACAAUCGGGCAAUUUUGAUAAUAAAAAAUGUUGUCAAAAAGCGAAUAUGAUAAAAUUAUGGACGACUUGGACAAACAUUUGGCCGAAUUACAACUGAUCAAUAGCAUUGAUUUGCCACCGAAUCCGAAUUCGGGACAGUAUGGAACGUUGGGAAAAAAAAUGGGGCCAGCUGUGCCCCCAAAACCCAAAAAGACGCAGCCUGAGGUGCCGCAUUCGACAAACGUGAAAUCCGUUACAGAACCAUCUUACGCCUCACGUUUACAAAGUCCGCACCUGUACUUCAACCUACCUCCUCAGUCGACUCAAACUCAACAACAGUCGCCUUCCAACAACAGCAAUUCAAAUCUAACGCGUUCAAACGUACACUCCCAUUCGACCCUCACAUACUCAAACGUCUCGCAGCAAAACAACAAAGAUUUGCAACAACACUAUUCGAAUUACCCCCCGGAAUCGUCGGAUUCCGCCCUGUCAUCUCAUCCCGUUUCCAAAUCCGUCUCUCCCACAUUAUCCCGACCGGCGUCGAAUAUAUCACAUACGGCCUAUCGCGGUUCGAACAUGUCCCACAAUUCCGAUCUCACGAUCAGUUCGAAUUUGCCCAGUUCGUCGACCCUGAGCAACUCGAACCUGUCAUUGGCAACGAACCCUGCCAACGUCGCCACUUACGCUCCGAAACCUUACACGAAACCUGAGCAACAUCACGUGACCUAUAGUAACGUCCAAGUGGGCGGAGGGGGGCCCAUAAUUAACUGCGACGGACUGAUCUACAGCAAUCUGGUGCACCCCCCUAGAGAGGGGGUCAUUUAUAGCAAUCUUCCUACUGCUGGAAACGGGAUGUAUAGUAGCGGAGCAGAUGACUUACCACCUCCGCCGCCGCCGCCUCCAGAGGUGGCCAUGGGCGACUACGCUCCCUGUACAGUUAACACGAAUCUUCCUCCCCCUCCCGAUGACCUACCGCCGCCCCCUUCGCCGGUCAGUUCGAGUUAUAGCGAGUUACGAAGAGCUACCCAUCCAGGUCAGGACUAUCCAAAUUAUGGCCUCGGUUCUCAGUCUUCUUCGACGUACGAAUCAAUUUACGAGCCCAUAAAUCCGAGGCCUCCGAGUCAGAUGUCUUCGAGGUCAAAUUAUUCACUGUACGCCCCGUAUGUGAGCGCCGGGAGUAACGUUUCGGGUCCGAGUCAGUCCGCCAGCAGGAUAGGGGUGCCGAAGGAACAGGAAGUUGACGUGUUAACCGAUUUACUAGUCCAGGGGAUGCAGGACAAUGUCGAAGUCGAUUUUUAUGGAAUUUGUGUCAAGUGUGGCGAAAAGGUCGUUGGGGAGAACAGCGGCUGCACUGCUAUGGACAAGAUUUAUCACACGAAAUGUUUCACGUGCCACCAGUGUGCAGUCAAUUUGCAGGGGAAGCCUUUCUACUCGUUGGAUGGUAAACCCUACUGCGAGGAAGAUUAUUUGAAUACUUUGGAGAAAUGCAGUGUCUGCAUGAAACCGAUUUUGGACAGGAUAUUGCGAGCCACCGGAAAACCUUAUCAUCCUAAAUGUUUCUGUUGCGUGAUCUGUGGUAAAAGUUUGGAUGGAAUCCCCUUCACUGUCGACGCUACAAAUCAGAUACAUUGCAUUGAAGAUUUUCACAAAAAAUUCGCUCCAAGAUGUUGCGUGUGCAAGCAACCCAUUAUGCCUGAACCUGGGCAAGAAGAGACUGUUCGGGUGGUAGCACUGGACCGCAGUUUUCAUAUACAGUGUUAUAAAUGCGAAGAUUGCGGCUUGGUGUUAUCCUCGGAGUCGGAAGGGCGCGGAUGUUAUCCUUUAGACGAUCACGUGCUAUGUAAAAGCUGCAACGCCAAGAGAGUGCAAGCCCUUACCAGACACAUGACCACCGAGCUGUGAGACAUCUUUUUAUUUUAAUAACAACAAAAGCAAAAAAACAGUUGCUCAUUUUUUUUUUGUUUGUUUAAUUAAUAAUAUUGCUGUCGCCAACUAUAUAUAUCUUAUUUUAAAUAUUUAAUUUCUUCUUAACCCUCGCUAUUACAUUGUGACGUAAUUAUCGACAAAUGACGUAGGUACGCGUCAACAAUCGACAACAACAAUGGCAAAAAAUGUACAUUAUUGUUUGAAGCAUGUGUACGAGCGCAAUUGUUUGACGUUUUCUAAUUAUUGAAAUGUCAAAUGACAUAAACGACUGUUUGCAACAAUUAUACGAGGACAUUUGUUUGACGUUCUUUAAUUGUUCAAAUGACAAAAGACGUACAACGCUGUUUGAAACAAUGAUGUGCUUGUGUGUUUGACAUCUUUUCAUUAUUGAAAUGACAACUGACGUAAAAGAACAGUUUUUAACUCUGGUCUUUAGGUGCAUUUGGUUGUUGUCUUGUAAUUGUUGGAACCUUCUUUGUUUUUGCGCGGUUUUAGAAAUUAUAUACGGAGUGUUCCAUUUAUAUCAAUAUCAAACAAUAUUAGGGAUACAUAGUAGUCUUUGUCGAAAAUUUUAAUGAUCCGAAAGCUUGAUAAGGGUGAUAAAAUAAACCACCCUUAA